AUGCAACCUCUGUUAAAGUAACGAUGGCUUCACUACAUAACGUUACCAUCCUACUGUGUUUUACUGCGUUAUCCUACGUUGUGUCUGAUGAUAGUUAUGAAAAUAGAAAAGUUGCGCUAAGAGAGUACAUAGAGAAAAAGAAGAAGGAGAUUAAUCCCAGGUAUCGGCCUUCAUACCAUCUUGCACCGCCAGUUGGAUGGAUGAACGAUCCGAAUGGAUUCUCUUACCGUAAUGGAGAAUUCCAUCUUUUCUUCCAAUACUACCCUUAUGACAGUGUUGUAGGCCCGAUACACUGGGGUCACUCGUCCAGUCCCGACCUCGUAAAUUGGAAGGAACUGCCUACGGCAUUAUUGCCUGAAACCGAACAAUGUUUCUCUGGAAGUGCUAUUACGGAGAAUAAUACGAUGAUACUCAUUUAUACAGGCCGCAGGAACGCCAGUGUCGAACCUUUUUUUAACGAGAGCCAGUACCUCGCCUACAGUACCGAUGGAGUCGACUUUCAAAAAGAUAAUAAUAAUCCUGUUCUUACCGAAUCACCGAACGGGGCUCCCGAUUUCCGAGACCCAAAAGUAUGGAAAUACGGAAACAAUUUCUACGUUGUUAUUGGAACCAGGAAUACGGACAAUCGAGGACAAGUCCUGUUGUACAAAUCGAAAGAUAUGAAAAAUUGGGAAUAUUUAACAGUUUUAGACGAGUCUAAAGGUGACUUGGGAUAUAUGUGGGAGUGUCCAGACUUUUUUGAACUUGACGGAAAAUUCGUACUACUUAUGUCACCACAAGGAAUGCAAUCACAAGGAGACAGGUACAAAAACACUUUUCAAAAUGGCUAUAUAAUUGGAAGCUUCAAUUAUACUACUAAUAAAUUUGUGAGGGAAGUAGAGUUCCAAGAAAUAGACUAUGGACAUGAUUUUUAUGCCGCGACAACUACCGCAGUGAAUGGAACGCGUUAUAUAGUUGCGUGGAAUAGUAUGUGGGAGGUAUCACAUCCUGAAGCCGUCGAUGGCUGGGUAGGGCAAAUGACACUACCCAGAAAACUAACCAUAUCUAACAAUCGAAUCCUUAUGAAACCUGUUGAGGCGGUAGUCAAUUUGAGAAAUGGAGUAGCAGUGGAUGGCAAUAUUGGAAUUAAUGAGGUUAGAGAAUUCGGGAAGGCAGUGGAGCUGUUUAUUGAUAGUGAUUUAAAUCAGACAGUGAACUUAUUAUUGGACGGUCGAGAUGGCGGUGGUAAUGUUCGCCUUCGCUGGAACCCUGCGGAUCGCAAGGUCGUCCUAAACAGAGAUUCCGGUGAUGUCAGACAGGUGGAAUGGUCUCCUAUCAACUCUCGUACUUGGCGAGUUUUUCUGGACGCUAGCAGUAUAGAACUUUUCUGUGGCGAAGGUGAGGUGGUAUUCAGUAGUAGAGUGUACCCUCUUGGGGGAUGGAAGCUGACCAAUCAGAGCCCACAAUCAGUUCACGUCAAAGCGUUCAACUUGAAAAAUAAUAGUGGAAUCAUUGGUCAAGAAAAUGGAUUUCGGUUGUUUAUAUUUGUAAUAAUUUCUAAUAUUUUUGUAAUUAGCUUAAGUUAUUAAUUUUAUAAUUAUUGUUUUGUUAUAAAUAUUUUAAUUCAUAAAAUAUAAUAAUAUAUAUUGUACGUUUAUUUAUGGGUUUUAUUAUGGUUUUAUUAAAAAUAAAGGAAAUAGGUGAAUGUAAUUUCCGAUAAUAGAAUUUAGAUUUUAUUUUGAUUCAAUUAUUAUUUUCUUCUUAGUUCGUGACUUUCCCUGUAAUAACUAUUUUAAUUUUUACAAAUAUUUCAAGAAAGUCUUACUUACUACGUACUUAUUACAUUUUCACUCUAGAGCAAAUUAAAUUUCAAGAAUUGUUUUGUAUUUUUAAAGUUGAGAAAUGUCGUAUAUUAAUAUUCGAUUUUUAUGUCAAUAAAAUUAUUUAAAUAAAUUAUUUUACAUAAAGCUUAAAA